CAGGUCAAGGAGCGAUGAGGAUUUCGAGUUUCUCCUGCCUUGUAGCACUUCUCUCGCUCUGUCGCUGCUAUGGCUACCUCACCUCUACCAGCCUCCACGCCCUUCAUGCCCACACCAAGCAUGUGUGUGUGCGGCCAUCACCCCGCUACGAUCUCUCGCUGAAGAGGAGAGCGGAGAGGAGGGAUAUGAAGAUGGCUGCAGACUUUGUGCUAGACACGUUCGAUCCCGAGGAGGAGGAGGACGAGCUCUCCAAUGAGAGACUCCUCACCAUCAUCCGCAGCGAGACAACUGACCAGUUCGUGAACGAGCUGGUGUGGAAGUGCUUGGGAUACGAGAGGAAGGAGGACGGGAGCUACAUCAACGACAACGUGUUCCCCAAGUGGCGCGAGAAGUAUCCCUCUCCUCCUGACCUCAUUGGGGUCACGAGGAACUACACCUACGAGAUAGACCGACCCUGCCAGAAGGCGAAUCAGCAGCUCGUCGCGAGUAUACCGAUGAAGUACAAACAGGGCGUGAAGGAGCAUCUUCGACCGCUUGGCUUCACGGGCUUCAAGCUUGAGGAGCUGACGCCCAACAAGACGAGGCGGGCUCAGUGUGUCAAUUGGCUUCUGUUCUACCGCGAGGCUCUGCGAGGAAAGACCGUCGACCAGCUCCGAGCCGAACGAGCCGCCGAGACCGGCAAUGACGUCGCGCCGAAGGUCGUUGGGCCGCAAAGUCGACAGACAAGAAACGAUGACGGGGUGUCGAUGAUUGAGCAGAAGGACUGGAAGUAUCCGAGUAAGCCUGUCUUGUAGGCUCUCCAAGCCCGCCUGGCAGUAAAGAGUCGGAACCACUGUC